UGUAGAUUUUGAAGACCAAAUUGUGCACUCUGGUGAGAAUUUCUUUCUGCGUUGGUGCAAGUCCGAGCAGGUCAGAGUCAAAGCUUCGUGGCGCUUUUUGAAGGAUUACGACCGAAUAUUUUCAACUGCUUCAAAUACUUGUUGUGCGGAAGAGAAAGCAGCCAUAUCAAGUCGUCCUCAAAUUCGGACACCGCCUCAAACCAAUCGUCAGUGCCAUCCACAGCAAAUUAUUGCAAAAAGAUUUUGCUCUAAUUCUACAAUUAUGAGUGAGAUGGGAACGAUGGAGGAUAAAGAUUGGGCGCACUUCUCUACUAAAAGCAGUGCAACGCAGACCGAUAAUAUGGCUGAAGCUCAGGCUAAUUACCAUCAUUUGGUGACUCUGCUUAAGGAGCUUGAGCAGGAAAAGAGGGAGCAAACCACCCUUCUCCGCUGCUAUUUCAACAAGUUUAGAGUGAGGUACAAUGAAGCGGUGCUUAACAACUUUGGCAGCAAUUACAUUCCUGACUUGACCGUUGCACUGUCAAAGGCCAGACAGAUGAGUAGUCAGUUCUCAAUGAGAAUCAAGAAUUUGAAGAAGCAGCUGGAGGAAGCAAGAAAUCAGCUGUGUGAUACAGAUCAUACAGACAAUGAUGAUUCGGAUAGCUCGAGUGAAGAGAGCAUAGAAAAUUGACACUUCUCCUUCUGCGAAUUUCAGAUAAUCGUCUGAUGUGAUCUGACAACGAUUGAAAGAAAUUAAGAAGUACAAGUCUUGCAAGUAUAUAUUUUUUUUUAAUUGUUAAAAGGUGAAUUUAACAAAUAGUAUUUAAUUUAUGACUGAUGUAAAUUUGCAUACCUAGGAAUUUGUAGCAAAAAAAAGAUAAUAUACUGACUGAUGAUUAAGUUAAAACAAGGCAAGUACCUUUUGUCCUUUAUCUGUGAAAUAAAUUUUGAUUUGAAUACCUUGUUUGUUAAAAUAAAUAUAAAACAUAUAGUUUUCUGCUUUGUUAACAUAUUUUAUGCAGGAAUUUCUUUAAAGUGACUGAUUAUGAUUAUAGUAUCUAAAUCAAUAAGAACAUUGAUAUUGUCCCUAAUGCUAGACGCGAAUUAUUAAUUUAAGAACUGGGAUUUUCUUCCUGGAAAAGCGUGAUUUUAAUCAUACUCUUGGUAGUGUUUAAUAAAAUUUCACACCGUAAUUUUAAAAAAUAUAGAAAUAAUAGUUUUAUAUGAUAUGUAAAAUACAAUUAUAUGAAAAAAAAAACAAUUAUAUGCAUAAUUCUAUUGUGAUACAGAGUGAAAUUGACUGAAAAGAAAUCAGUUCUCAUACCAGUUGAAAAUUUCUCCUCCAAUAUCAUCCAAGCUAAACACAAAUUAACCGCAGAAUUAACAUUUUAAUACACAAUGCGUUCAUGUAGCAUGAAUAAUUUAAAAUUUCUUACCGAUCAUGAUCAUUGGAUGUCAUUUAAAUUUAAAAUAAAUGAUGUAAUAAAGUAUGUUUUUUUGAGGAUCGGAGAAGAUCAAGAUGUUUAAAAUCUUUUAAACUACCCAAUAUAUUUAUUUAGAUUAAUCCCAAAGAGACAAAAAAAAACUAAUCUGCAGCAAAAUCUAGCCUUACGUUUAUUUUUAGAGUUUCUUUCAUUUUUAUCUCCAUCUAACUUUGAAAUACGUUGAUAUUGUUGGUAAAAUUUACAACAGUAGAAAUAAAUGGAAUAAAUGUAA